UGAAGAGAAGGACGGCAGAGACGAAGGAACACAGCUCUGUCAGCUGGUAAAAAAGAAUAGAAGAAGCUGCAACGUUAGCCUAAAACGAUGAUCCCAUCGGGCAAGCUUAUUGAAAAGCAGUAGCUUCUUGUGUAGUUUUAUUUUUAUAUUGAAUUAAAUGACGUAGCUAAUGUUCUUUUGAUUACAUUUAUGAUUAGCCAGUGUCAGUGAAAGAGGGCUGUGUCAUUGAGAAGGCAGGACACGUCAGGAGAGAGAAAACCCUGGGAAGCUACAAAUUCUAUUACAGCUAGAUCAUCCUAUACAACUAGAUCGCUAGCUGAUAAAACCAUAAAAUCAUAUCAUCCAUAUCGGCCUCGUCGUAGAUAAGUGUGGUCAAGCUGGAACGGAUAUCGUCAGCCUUCGCCUGGAUCAAGGGUAACGUUAGCCCCUAAAAGGACCUAAAGGCAACGGGAACGAAUAUUGCGUGGGGGAGAAGCGAACUUGGACCAGAAUAAAUGGGGGAUUACGGGUUUGGAGUCCUAGUGCAAAACAACAAUGGUAACAAGUCUGCUUUCCCAGUAAGAAUUCACCCGCACCUCCAGCCUCCCCACCACCAUCAAAGCACCGCUCCCAGCCCUGCCACCUUCACGAGCAGCAACACUGCAGGGAAUGGCAACAGCAGUGGGUCGCCCUGGCUGUUCCCUGCCACCAAUGCCCACAGCAGCAUGCAAGAUGAAAUACUCGGCUCUGACAAGGCCAAAGCGCAGCAACAGGAAAUUCAAGAAACACAAGAGAAGCAGCAACAGCAGUCACAGUUGUCCCCAGCCCCCCAGGAGAGUGGCAUCAUAUCAGACAUGGACAAGGCUCGGUCCGAGGAGGGCAAGGGCGAGGGGAGCCCGUCUGACGUCAGCAACGGGAAGGAGAAGCUGCGUCUCGAGUCUCCCGUGCUGACGCCCUUCGACUACCAAGAGGCCCCGGGCCUGGGCACGGCCGCCCAAUCCAGCUCCUCCUCCUCCUCCCUGACCAGCUUCAACAACUGGUCCGCUGCUAUGCCCCCCACCCCGGCCUCCACCAUCAUCAACGAGGACAUCAGCUUCUUCAACCCGGCCGCCUCGGCCAACAGCGGCCCGCUGCUGUUCCAGAACUUCUCGCACCACGUCAGCCCCGGCUUCGGCGGCAACUUCUCCCCGCAGAUCGGGCCCAUCUCGCAGCACCACCCGCCGCCGCACCCCCACUUCCAGCACCCGCACGGCCAGGCGCACCCCCAGCAGCACCGCCGCUCGCCGGCCAGCCCUCACCCGCCCCCGCCCUUCCCCCACCGCAGCGCGGCCGCCGCCUUCAGCCAGCUGCCGCACCUCUCCAACAACCUGAACAAGCCCCCUUCUCCGUGGGGCAGCUACCAGAGCCCCUCGCCCUCGCCCUCCUCCACCUCCUGGAGCCCGGGCGGGGGCUACGGGGGCUGGGGCGGCUCCCAGAGCCGGGACUACCGCCGGAGCCUGAACGGCGGCGUGGCCCCCAUGAACUCCAUCUCGCCCCUCAAGAAGACCUUCCCCAACAACCACGUGGUGCCCUCGCAGAAGUACUCGCGCACCAGCCCUGGCUUCAACCCAAAGUCCUGGAUUGACGAGAGCCGCAGCGACAACAUCUUCCCCUUCCAGGAGCGCACUCGUUCGUUUGAUGGCUUCAACAUGCACUCUCUGGAGAGCUCCCUCAUCGACAUCAUGAGGGCCGAGCAGGACACCCUCAAAGGCCGGCUUGGAUUCACACACCCCGCUGGAGACAGUCCUUUGCCCAUAAAUGCAAGGAAUUAUGGGAGGAGACGAGGCCACUCGUCCCUGUUCCCCAUGGAGGAUGGCUUCGGUGAUGACGAGCGUGGGGACCAGGGCCUGCCUGGUCUGGGCUCCCCCCACUGCUUCCCCCACCAGAACGGGGAGCGAGUGGAGCGCUACUCCCGCAAGGUGUUUGUUGGCGGCCUGCCCCCAGACAUAGACGAAGAUGAGAUUACGGCAAGUUUCCGUCGCUUUGGACACCUUUUUGUGGACUGGCCCCAUAAGGCGGAGAGCAAGUCCUACUUCCCUCCCAAAGGUUAUGCCUUUCUGCUGUUCCAGGACGAGAGCUCUGUGCAGGCCUUGAUAGACGCUUGUAUUGAAGAAGAUGGCAAACUCUAUCUCUGCGUGUCUAGCCCCACCAUCAAAGACAAACCAGUCCAGAUCCGACCCUGGAACCUGAAUGACAGCGACUUCGUCAUGGACGGCUCUCAGCCCCUGGACCCGCGCAAGACCAUCUUUGUUGGCGGGGUGCCACGACCCCUUCGCGCAGUGGAGUUGGCGAUGAUCAUGGACAGGCUGUAUGGCGGUGUGUGCUACGCGGGCAUCGACACGGACCCGGAGCUGAAGUACCCCAAGGGGGCGGGCCGCGUGGCCUUCUCUAAUCAGCAGAGCUACAUUGCGGCUAUCAGCGCCCGCUUUGUGCAGCUGCAGCAUGGCGAGAUUGAUAAACGGGUGGAAGUGAAGCCAUACGUGCUAGACGACCAGCUGUGUGACGAGUGUCAGGGCACGCGCUGCGGUGGCAAGUUUGCGCCCUUCUUCUGCGCCAACGUGACCUGCCUGCAGUACUACUGUGAGUACUGCUGGGCCGCCAUCCACUCCCGCGCCGGCCGCGAGUUCCACAAGCCCCUGGUAAAGGAGGGCGGAGACCGGCCCCGCCACAUCUCCUUCCGCUGGAACUAGCGGACCGCAGCGCAGCGGAGAACACAACACACAGGAAGACUAUAGGGGAGGAGAUGCGUGGAUGCAGACGCAGCUGCAGUCACACAGCGAGAUGAUUUUUAAAGAGGAGGAGAGGGAGUGGAUGAGUGAGGAAGAGAGAGAUGGUGGGAUGGAAGAGAAGUGGUGUGUGUGUGUGUGUGUGUUUGAGAGAGAGAGAGGGAUAGAAAGGGGUGUGAAGGAAGGGAGGGAGUGAGUGAGGGAGAGAGUGAGAGUGUGAAAGGAGUUUGGGGGGAAUAGAGGAGGAGUCGCAGAAACAUUGUAUAAAUAAAUGCACUUUUCUGUUGCUGGUUCCUUUAGUUUAAUUUAAGAAGAAAAAAGAGCAAAAGAUUUAAUUUGAAACUUUUAAUAUAUAUUUUAAAAUUUGAUCCUUUUGAAAAAAAGACAACUGGAUUUUAUUUAGAACUGAAAGAAUACUUUAUGUACAAAAAAACCCUAAUUUCUAUAUUUUUGUUUCAUUAGAAUUUAUUUUUCUGGUUACUUUUAGUGCACAUUGAGUUGUGAAAUCUAUUGUUAUUUUUAUUAUUGUUAUUAUUAUUGUUAUUAUUAUUAUUAUAAUUAUUCCUCUCUAAAGUACGAUAUUCCUAACUAAUUUGGCUUGACCAGACCCGUUGUGUGUUGAAAAAAGAAAAACAAGUUUUUAAGACUCGCAGUUUCUCUGGGCUAUCAUGGCUGCGUGACGGGUGCACUUAUAUCCUUCCCUUUGAGUGCAUAUAUGACAUUAACCCUCAGAAUUAAACCAAAGCGCAAUCACGUUUGGUUUCUGUAAAAGAGAAGACAAAAAAACGCAAAAAGCAAAAGGAAGGAACAAACUAAAGUCCAGAAAAGGCAAAAUUCAGAUCCCAAGACUUUGCAGAUUCUCUCUCUAAGAUCAAAACAAAAAAGAAAACCCAGAUCCGAAUAUUUGUUCAGUGAAAUGAAAGACAAGACCGUGUUGUUUGUUUUCUAGCGCUACUUGAUACAAGUGAUACCGUAUAUAUUUUAUUUCCCCUGCAGGUGUUUUUGAGGGUGCGUUUGGGUCUCCCAUUUUUGACAUGCAAAAACUAAUACCUCAAACUUAGCUGCUAAUGAUCUGAGUAUGACGUGUACAGAGCUGAUCCACCCUGCUCCCCUCCCUCUUUCUCUCCAUCUCUCUCUCUCUCUCUCUCUCUCUCUCUCUCUCUCCCUCUCCCUCUCCCUCUCUCUCCCUCCCCCUUUCACCUUCAAACUUUACACGCUACCCAGCUUCGCCAAUGGGAAAGGACGGCAGAGGCACUUUGAUUUCCCCAAAACACUGCUUUGUCAGUUUCCUGUGGGUUUAUUUUGUUUCCUCUUUUAUCCUCCUUUUUUCUUUCAGUUCGAGCCCCAGCUGGGUGAGGGGGUAGGCAUAAGGAAAGAAGAGAAGAGAAAGAAAGGAAAAGAAAAAGAAAGUAGAGGAUUGGAGCAGGGUGAUGCUUUUUGGGGGGAAUGUACAGAUUUAGCCAUGCAGUGAUGAGGAGAUGGCGAGAGACACUCAUAUUUAUAUUUAUACACACAUUCAUACCAGGUGGACCCUACCACAUACACAUACAUAGCAUGGUUUUCCCUUGAUGUGAGGCAUCCAUUUCUGUCCCUGUCCUUAUUUUUUAUAUAUAUUUCUCUUUUUUUUCUUUUUCUUUUUUUUUGAAUGAAAAUUUACUCCUGAAGUGCAACAAACACCACCCAGUCCCCUGCCCAUCUCAUGCAAGUCCCCAUUCGAGCAAAACCCCAUAGCUAGAGCAGACGAUAGGACGAGUUGCAAUGAGUGACGAAGAGAAUGAGAGGAAGCUCACAGGGAGGUGUGUAUAUGUGUUGAGAGAGAGAGCGAGAGAGGUAGUGGGGCAGGGGGGGAAGCCUGGAGACAUCAACAAAGUAGCUCCCAACUGGGAAAUGAAGUCGGAGUCUUCAUGUGGCCCUCUCUUGUCCUGUCCCACGCCCUACUCCGGCCAGCCCACUCUCCUACUCUUGCUUUUUAAAAGCAGAGCAGGCCUCCAGAUCCCAACCAAAGAGAGCAGUCAAGAAUCCAAGCAAACUUUUAUUUGUCCUAUGUUUUGAACCCCCCACCCGCGCCCUUUUUUUCCAUCUCAGUUGGGUUUUUUUGGCCAGUCUGUCACAUUUACUCCUUAAAAUAGUCAAAUUCACGCCCGCCCCGAGCCCCUUUCAUUUUAUUUUAUUUUAAAUAAUGAUUAUUUCGGUACACCCCUUUCUCUGGGUGAGAACCUUAAGGAGACCAACAAACCAAAGAUUGGCCUUGAAUUGAGAAAUGGUCCCAAGUCAAAAAUCCAUGGCAACACUCGUGAACACAUCCAAACCCCUGCAGCCUGGCUCGCUGGCCUUUCUACACCCCCUGCCCCCUCCCCCCUGCAUUCCAAAGGUCAAAACGGAGAGACGAGUUGCUUAAGCAGUUUUGUAUUGAGGAGUUUGCAAUGGGUGUCUGAUAUUGAACAGGUUUCCUUUUACUUUUUCUAUUUUUUUUUCUGUUGGUUUGUUUGACUUAUUUGGUUGCUUUUAGUGGAAAUAACAAACAAACAAAAGACAAACAAACAGCAAAACAAGGAUACGUAAUUGGCAUUUGAAUUUGACAGGCGUACUUUAUCUGAAUCUGCUAGCUUGUAAAUGUCAGGGAGUUAAUGCUGAACUAUAUCUUGAUACACUAGUGAGAAACUUAUCCUCGUGUUGGCUUGGUCGGUGCUUGCCCGUGCUUAUUCAAAGUCAUCACACUUGCUAGGGGGUGAGGGGUGAACACUUUUAGAAGUUUAAAACACUUUUUCAAGAAUUUGCUGUUGACGAGAUGAUGAAAAGAUUAUUUUAUACAUGGCCUGCUGAUUUUUGGUACAGUGUUUUCUAGCUAAAUUAUUUUGUCAUGCACAUAGAAACAUUUUAUUAUGCACUACUUUUCUAAAUAUUUCUUUUUUUUCCAACAGUCAUUUUAGGCACAUUUUUCACAAAUGGGAAAACUCCUUUUUGCAAUACCUCAAUUUUUCACAUUGUGAAAGGUAGCUUUUAUACUUUUGUUACUGAGAGAACUGCGUAUAUGGAAAUUUUCAUUUUAGAGAAAAAAGGUUAAGUGAUUUUAAUAUAUAUCAUUUUAAAUUAUGCUUUUUAUACAUUUCAGUGCUGCGGAAUCUAUUAAAAACAAAAGUGUGCACUUGUUGAUGCGACUUCUGCAGAGGAGGGAUCAAAGUGUAUAGCCUAAGGUCUUGGAUCUUGGACACUAGUUGAACAGGAGAUCAAAUAUAUAUUAUAAAUUGGGGAAAACAUAGACACAACAGCAUGGCGCGAACACAUCGUCUUUUAGAAAAUCGAAUGUCAUUGUUUUGGGUGAAAAAUGGCUAACCUCAGUGGUUUAAAAAAUGGUAACUUUUUUUUCUUGCCUUUCCAUAGCUGGAAUCUAACUAUUAUAAGGAGAAUGCAAAAUUAAUUCAUGUAAAAGCUGACUCUCGUAUCAAAAGAAUGGAUGUUUGGUGUUUAGAUAUUUUAACAUUUGAAAAUAUAUAUUCUUGAACUGCCAACUAGCUCCUAUUGUAAUCCUUAGCAUGCAUGGAAGAAAAAAAAAGAUAAGUACAAUUAGCUAUUGAAAUUAAUUGUUGUGGUGUGCACCAGAUGUUUAAAGUUUAAUUUGUUAAGGACACCCCUCUCCCCCCUAAAUCCUUUCAUAUAUGUCAAUCUACACAUCCUGGCCCUCAUCCCCACCCCCCUUAUACCCAGGCCUCUGCAGAAUCCUCAAAAAAGAAAAAAGCGACGACAAACAAAAAAGAAAAAAACGUUAAAAAAAAGACGAAACAAAAUGAUCAGUGUUGUAACAUCAAAAAUACACUGUUGAAAACAUUAGACUCAUCCCCGCUCUGUUUCAAAGUUUGUAAACAUUUUUUCUUUCUUUUUUUCUUUUCUUUUCUUUUUUUUCAAAUUCUGUUUUCUUUGUUUUUGCGGAAGGGGAACUUUAAGACUUGAAUGUGGUAGAUGUUGCAAGUUAACUUCGAGUUGUUAUGUGCAAUACCUUUCUUUUUUAUUUUUUACUUUACUUUUUUCCUGAUAAAGACUCUUUGCAAUGUAAUUCUUUAAUGCCAUUUUUAAUUGCAAACAUUAAAAAAAGGAUGUUAAUGUUUUUCACAGUCAUUUUCUACUGUUGUUGUAAUCCUUUACAUGCUGGUGUUUGUAAAAAGAAAAAAAAGACAAGACUAUUUGUACUAAUAUAAAUGAUUGAAGUUAUUUUUAAAACAUUAAAGGUUUUGUGCCCAUUUGCUUAUUUUGAUUAUUUCAAGCUACUGUGAUUGCCUUGUAAUUAGUAGGUCAAUAAUGUAUUUAGCUGUUUAUUGGUAUAUUUUUAAUUGGAAUGUAUAAUUAAUUUUUAUAAUUUUGAUCAGAUUUUUGUUAUAUUUUUGAGGUGAAGCUUUUAAUAUGUUAAAGUGUCUAGUUUUUACUAAUUGCUAUAUUGUGCUCCACAAUAUAUGGUUCACAUUUUCUGAAGGAGAAUAAAUAUUUAAAUAUUUGUCUGUUAAUGAUGUUACUUAAUGGCGAAAUUUCAAUAGUUUUUGUGUAUGAGAAGGUUGUUGUAUUUAUUAAUAGCAUUUUUUUUACUUAAGAUAUCACCUUAAUUUUUAUUGUCAUUUCACUUUAUAAGUUCCUAUUUUUGUAUUUUUCUUUCUAAUUAAGUUAUGUAAUAAAAAAAUGUCCAUAUUCUAGGGGUUGGUCUGUAGAAGUGCUAGUGUAACAAAAAGAAAAAUCUAAUGUUAUUUAAUUGUUUGCAGCCAACUAUUUAUAACAACAUGCAUAAUUUUUAAAUAUUUGUAAUGUGAAAUGUUGAAUGAAUAAAACCUAACUGUGAUGAGAUGUUGA